AUGGCCCUCAGGCAAGUGAACUUUGGAGGCUCUGGAAAAGGGAAAGGCUGGGCAAAUCGAAUGCCUAAUAAGGCUUGCUUCCAGUGUGGGAUCAGCUUGCAUCCCGUGGCAUACCUCAGUAAGGAAAUUGAUGUAGUGGUAAAAGGUUGGCCUCAUUGUUUAUGGGUAGUGGCGGCAGUAGCAGUCCUAGUAUCUGAAGCAGUUAAAAUAAUACAGGGAAGAGAUCUUACUGUGUGGACAUCUCAUGAUAUAAAUGGCAUACUCACUGCUAAAGGAGACUUGUGGCUGUCAGACAACUUUUUGCUUAAAUAUCAGCCUCUAUUACUUGAAGGGCCAGUGCUGCGACUGUGCACUUGUGCAACUCUUAACCCAGCCACAGUUCUUCCAGACAAUGAAGAAAAGAUAGAACAUAACUGUCAACAGGUGAUUGCUCAAACCUACGCCACUCAAGGGGACCUUCCAGAGGUUCCCUUGACUGAUCCCGACCUCAACUUGUAUACUGAUGGAAGUUCCUUUGUAGAAAAAGGACUUCGAAAAGCAGGGUAUGCAGUGGUCAGUAAUAAUGAAAUACUUGAAAGUAAUCCCCUCACUCCAGGAACUAGCGCUCAGCUGGCAAAACUAAUAGCCCUCACUUUGGCACUAAAAUUAGGAGAAGGAAAAAGGGUAAAUAUAUAUACACACUCUAAGUAUGCUUACCUAGUCCUCCAUGCCCACGCAGCAAUAUGGAGAGAAAGGAAAUUCCUAACUUCCGAGGGAACACCUAUCAAACAUCAGGAAGCCACUAGGAGAUUAUUAUUGGCUGUACAGAAACCCAAAGAGGUGGCAGUCUUACACUGCCAGGGUCAUCAGAAAGGAAAGGAAAAGGAAAUAGAAGGGAACCGCCAAGCAGAUAUUGAAGCCAAAAGAGCCACAAAGCAGGACCCUUCAUUAAAAAUGCUUAUAGAAGGACCCCUAGUAUGGGGUAAUCCUCUCUGGGAAACCAAGCCCCAGUACUCAACAGGAGAAAUAGAAUAGGGAACCUCAUGAGGACGUAGUUUCCUCCUCUCAGGAUGGCUAGCCAACGAAGAAGGAAAAAUACUUUUGCCUGCAGCUAACCAAUGAAAAUUACUUAAAAUCCUUCACCAAACCUUUCACUUAGGCAUUGAUAGCACCCAUUAGAUGGCCAAAUUAUUGUUUACUGGACCAGGCCUUUUUAAAACUGUCAAGCAGAUAGUCAGGGCCUGUAAAGUGUGCCAAAGAAAUAAUCCCCUACACUGCAGGCCAUACAUUUGAAUCCCUGUCUCUUUAACCUCUUUGUUAAGUUUGUCUCUU